AUGACGCAUAUACCUCAUCUUCCCGGCCAUGCUAAGGCCAAGGAUGGCCAGCGGAAGUUCGCCAACUAUCUGAAAGACUUGCGAACGAAUCGACCAGUCCGCCCGAGUGGAUCUAGACCCAUUCCAUCAAGAGUAACCGGAUCAGGUUCAACCCCUCGAGAGACCCUCCCUCCUCGAGCGUCGUCGUCAAUGUCAAUGUAUGGACACCCCAGCGCCCAGCCUACUUCGCCCGAGAGAGAGCGACCUCGAGCCAGCAGCUCUCUGUCUACCCAUCGCCCAUUCGAACCCCACGUCUCCUUGGGGAGCUCAGCUGGGCGCCCAUUAGUACAGGAACCAAGAAUGGUGCCGAUACGCAAGAAUGUUUCACCGUCGCAUGUUUUCUCGCGCCCCUCGCCUCCAUCUCCCAGUGCUGUUUAUCGUGAAAGUGGUCAGCGGCGGGUAGAGAAGGAAGAAGCACGCUCCUUGCGGGAUGCGUUGCAGGAAUUGGACUUGCACGAUGAGAUCCGCCUCCAUCAGGCUGCACAAGACGAAGCCACGGAGCUAGUCUGGAUGCAUCAAAACCCCGGUGUGCCCUACAAAAACCCAUAUGCGCCGUACCAUAACCCGGACCUGGACAGAUCAUCCGAGACGCCAAAGAACGCCGGCCGCUCUCACAGCCAAAUUGAUACAAUUGGCGGGCCCAUGAAUAAUCAUCGAUCGACCUCAGAAAGCUCUUCUGACAGCCAUUGUGCUGAUGCUGGGGGGACAGGUUUAGGUCUAAAGUAUGACAGACAACGCCAGCAUGUGGUGGAGGACUCGGCAAGCAGCCCUACAAAGUCCUCGUCGCCGCGGAAGCAUGUCAGAGUCGAUUUUGCGUUGCCCGCCGAGGAAUCGCCCUCGAAAUCUAGACGUGGCGGGAACUCUUGUCUCUCGAGAUUCGGUAGCGAGUCAUCGAGAGGGAUUUUUCGAAAUCCUCGAGACUCGAUCUAUGAGGAACCCAAAGACACUCGUGGCCCCGAGGAGGAUGAGCGACCGGAAUUUUCCAGAUCCGACUCAUCAGCUCUCAGAUCAAAGCCGCGCAAUGCCCUACCGCGAGGCUCUCGACCCCUUCCGGGGAGACUAAGCAGUCUUCCGUUCGUUGACAAGUUGGCGCGGUUCGAGCUACAUAAGCAACAUUCAACGCAAUCGAGAAAUCCGGACUAUACGACGAACGACCCGCUCCCGCAAACAGCCCCGGAUGAGGAUGCCGACAAAGAGCAGGCUGUCCAGGCCGUUCCCACGAAGAAUGGCCUUGAGAUUCGCAGCGAAGAAAUCAGGGCGGCUACAAGUAAGAAGCUCAAAGAUCGAAGCACAAAGCUGCCUAUGCCCACAGCCGUAAGUAAUCGCGUUGGCCGGCCGAUCCGUGACAGCCUGAGGCAGGAUUCGGCCUCCCCAACACUACCACCGCAGUCUGCUGCCCCUACUAUUGAAGUGUCCGAGCCGCCGGCGAUACCGGUUAUCAAUGUUCCGGACGAGAAGGAGCCCGCCAUUUCGGAGAUGGCAGCAGCAUCAUCCCAGAAGGAAAGAGGAAGUACUAGGCCUCUGCCAGAUCCAGUGAGCACAAAGCACCGCCCGCAAUCAUCUCCUCAGAAAUCUGCGCAGUUUUCACAAAAGCCCUGGUUAUCAACGUAUACGCGUUCGGGAGUACCAACAGCGAAAUGUGAGUCCUGCUCGCUUCCCAUUGCAGGGAAGAUCGUCACAGCGGCGGGGGCUCGCUUUCACCCAGAGUGCUUCGUGUGCCAUCAUUGCCAUACUCCCUUAGAAUGUGUGGCCUUUUAUCAGGAGCCCGAGGCCAAGCGCAAUGAGCGAUUGGCGGGGGCGCCAAGUGACGACGAGGAGGCACGUAUGUUGCGCUUCUACUGCCAUCUGGAUUUCCAUGAGAAGUUCAGCCCCAGGUGCAAGAGCUGCAAGACCCCGAUUGAAGGCGAGAUUGUGGUGGCAUGCGGGGCUGAGUGGCAUGUUGGUCAUUUUUUCUGUGCCGAAUGUGGUGAUCCCUUCGACUCGAACACUCCUUUUGUGGAAAAGGACGGGUUCGCGUGGUGCCUUCAAUGCCAUUCUCGGCGCACCGCUCCUCGAUGCCUGGGCUGCAAGAAGCCUGUCCUGGAGGAUGUUGUGGUCAGCGCCGUCGGGGGCCAAUGGCACAGUGAAUGCUUCGUCUGUCACGAGUGCGGCGACGGUUUCGGUCCCGAUGGCCGGUAUUUCGUGCGAGAGGGCGAGCCCAAGCGAACAUCUAAAGGCCGGAUCAUUGGGGUCCGCAUCCGACUGAAGGCAUCACCCAAGUGA